GUCUAGGUCUACUUAUAGGAGAAAAUUAUUCAAAAUUCCCUGAAACUGAAUAAUUAGGAAAAAAUGUACACAAUUAAGCUCUUUCUCAUUAUUGUUCCUCUAGUUCUUUCUUCCAGGGCUAAUCAAGGCAAUUUAUCAUCUGAUUCUAAACCUUCAGAGCCAAAACCAAAAUUUGCUAAUUUAGAGGAGGUAAAACUUAUCGCCAAUGGCCUCCUUCAGUUGGGACACAGUCUUAAAGAUUUAGCCCAUAAGACUAAGAGCGAAAUGAAUGACAUAUUUAAAAAACUCAACAUAUUUGACCAAUCUUUUUAUGAUCUAUCACUGCAAACCAAUGAAAUUAAAAAAGAAGAAAAAGAACUGAGAAGAACUACAUCCAAGCUACAAGUCAAAAAUGAAGAGGUGAAGAACAUGUCACUGCAACUCAACUUAAAACUUGAAAGCCUCUUAGAAGAAAAAUUUCUACUUCAGCAGAAAGUGAGAUAUUUGGAGGAACAAUUAACUAAUUUAAUUCAAAACCAACCUGACAAUCAGGAUCAGCCAGAAGUAACGUCACUUAAAACUUUUGUAGAACAGCAAGAUAAUAGCAUCAAAGACCUUCUCCAGACAGUGGAAGAACAAUAUAAACAAUUAAACCACCAGCACAGUGAAAUAAAAGAAAUAGAAAAUCAGCUCAGAAGGACUAGUAUUCAAGAACUCAAAGAAAAUUCUCUUUCUUCCAAACCAAGAGCACCAAGAACUACCCCCACUCUUCAGCUGAAUGAAACAAAAAAUGUAGAAGAAGAUGGCCUCCCUGGUGACUGCUCCGCCAUUCAUAAGAGAAGUGGACACAGAAGUGGCAUAUAUGCCAUUAGACCCAACAACUCUCAAGCAUUUAACGUCUACUGUGAUGUGAAGUCAGGUAGUUCAUGGACAACAAUUCAACACCGAAGAGAUGGAUCACAAAAUUUCAAUGAAACAUGGGAAAAUUACAAACAUGGUUUUGGUAAGCUUGAUGGAGAAUUUUGGCUGGGCCUAGAAAAGAUACAUUCUAUAGUGAAGCAAUCUAACUACAUUUUACGAAUUGAACUAGAAGACUGGAAAGACAACAAGUACCAUGUUGAAUACUCUUUUCACUUGGGAAACCAUGAAACCAACUAUAUGCUACACCUGGCCCAGAUGACGGGCAAUGGCCCCAAGGUGUUCCCAGAACACAAAGACUUGGUGUUUUCCACGUGGGAUCACAGAGCAGGACACCUGAACUGUUCAGAAGGUUAUUCAGGAGGCUGGUGGUGGCAUGACGUAAGUGAUGAAAACACCCUAAAUGGCAAAUACAAGAAACCAAGAGCAAAAUCUAAGACAGAGAAGAGAAGAGGAAUAUGCUGGAGGUCUCAGAAUGGAAAGUUAUAUUCUAUCAAAUCAACCAAAAUGUUGAUUCACCCCAAAAAUUUAGAAAGCUUUGAAUGAGCCGAGGAAAAUUCAAAGAUAAUAAAUCAAAUAUUAAACUCAUUUCAAAUUACUGUGGUUUAAUAAUCUGGUAUUUAAUCUUUAACGGGAGGUUUGAGGAGUAAUUUUUUAAUUUUAAAGUUUAUCAAUUUAAGAUUAAAUAUCACAUCAAUUCAAAGAAUACCAUUUACCCUUCUCAAUCAAAAUUUUUGUAUCAUUUGUCCAUAUGUUUAGUGAUAUAGCAAUACACUUUGGAUGGUCACAAUCUAAAUUAUAGCUUCUGGGUAAAUCGUUAAAUAACUUUUUAAAAUGAGAAAACUUAAGAAGAUUUUUAUCAUAAAAAUAUGGGCUAAUUUAACAACUUCCUCAGUUUAAAAAAAACUAACUUUAUUAAAACUCUAAAUUUCAGUAAACAUAAAAGAUGGAUAAUUUUAUAGUUGUUAAAUGUAUUAUUAAUUUCAAAACAAAAAUUCAUGUGGUUCAGAGUAUAUGCAGGAAUCCAUAAUAUAAAUUUUAAAACUGAUGCUUCAUUUUCUACAAAAUAAUUUGGAGCAAUUAUUUGAUGUGGCUUAUUAUAAAGGAAAUGAAGUAGGAUGAGUACUGCAUGGAAACAGGCUGAGUGUCUUGUACAAGUGCAGUAGACAACAACUACUAAGUCAUACUGACUUGGGCUGGGGAUUUAGCUCAGCGGCACAGUGCCUGUCUGGCAAGCGGGAGGUCGUGAGUUCGAUUCCCGGUACCGGAAAAAACAAAACAAAACAACAAAAAAAAGUCAUACUGACUUUACCGUCAAGCACCACUGUAUCUUAUUUGUUCACAUCUAUACCACAUGCAUUUUAUAUAUUUUAACACUAAUAUUGCAUAAACCAGUAAUUUUAAAUGAACCUUAUCAGAAUAUAGUAAGAAUGAAUGCCUCUGCAGCAUUGUUAACAUUUAAAAAUAAUUUAUUCCUUCUGAACAUGCUGUGAGUCUAGUACUUUUGUGCAGAUAUUAAAUAAUCAUAAAACAUUUUCAAAUGUUUAAAUAGCUGAACAGGCAUGUUUGUACUUCUAAAAUUCAAUAAAUAAAGACUCAGUCCCUAAAUUGUA